CUCGCGCCGCGCGGCUCUCCUUGUGGCGUAGUUGCGGCUGACUGGGUUAACCCACACGCUUGGGACAACCGUUGCCGCUCGUUUCUCACCUGAUCGUCGGGCCGUGUUGUGGUCCGGGCGUUAAGUAAGAGCCGUGGGCACACUAGUCGCCCUUGAACCACGUUGCGUAAUGGGUGGAAGGCCGCCGCAGGGUCUGGCUGGGCCCGCGGCGGAAGCGCCCGGGGCCUGUCGCCUUGGCGGAAACCUGUUCCAGCUGCCCUGUCCUUUGGCUGCGCACUCUCUUUCGUGGCGCGCUCUCCGACGGUCGUGUUCGACCUUGCCGCUCGUUUCGUCUCUCCUGGCGACGAGGAAACGCGAGCAGGAAGCCCGCUUUCCGUCUCUCGCGGGGUGAGGUGCGCCUCUGGAUCGCCGCUUCCGGGUUGCAACGACCGGAAGCGGGCACUUUCUUCCGAGCGCUUCGGCCAGCCGGCCGCCGUCCGCGCUGCCACCGCCGCCAUGGAGCCCGCCAUCGUCGCCGUAGCUUCGUGCUUCGACCGAGCCAACGACGUCUACAAGACUCUGAUCAACAUGGCCUAUUGCUGCCUGAUCCUGAUUGGCAAAGUCAUACAGAAGCUUGUAUUUGGUGAGCUUCGCGUCUCCGAGCAACAGCACAUGAAAGACAAGUUCUGGAACUUCGUCUUCUACAAAUUUAUCUUCAUUUUUGGCGUGAUGAACGUUCAGUACAUGGAUGAAGUGGUUCUCUGGUGCAGCUGGUUUUCUGUCUUGGGUUUCCUCCACCUGCUGGCCCAGCUCUGCAAGGAUCGAUUUGAAUAUCUGUCAUUUUCACCAACCACACCAAAGUUGACACACAUACGCCUGCUGGCACUACUGUGUGGGAUCCUACUCCUUUCGCUGGGCCUCUUCGCCGUCUGUGUAGUGGUUGGCUUGCAUGCUGGUCCCAACACAUUUGCCUUCAUGGCUGCUGAGUGUUCUCUCGUCACAGUACGUACAUUGUAUGUGAUAGUGAGGUAUGGGAUCCACCUAUGGGAUAUCCACUGUGACAAAGUCUGGGAAAAUCGUGCUGCCUAUGUGUAUUAUGCUGAGCUCUGCUUUGAGUUGACAGCUCUUGCUAUUGACUUCUGUCAUGAUCUCCACAUGCUGCUCUGGGGAAAUAUUUUCCUUUCAAUGGCCAGCUUAGUGAUCCUGAUGCAGCUGCGGUACCUGUUCUAUGAAAUCCAGAGACGUGUCAAAAAACACAAGAACUACUUGAGGGUUGUGAAGCAUAUGGAAGCCAACUAUCCGAUGGCUACAGCAGAUGAACUGGAAAAAAAUAGCGAUGAUUGCGCAAUCUGCUGGGACCACAUGGAGUCUGCAAGAAAACUUCCUUGUGGCCAUCUCUUCCACAACUCCUGCCUGCGAUCAUGGCUAGAGCAGGACACAUCAUGCCCAACAUGCCGAAUGUCCCUGUCUGAGCCAGGAGGAGCCUUGGCUGGAGAGAGCCUACGAGAUGAGGGCCGCAACACUGCAUUGCUGUUAGGAGCCCUCGGAGGCCAAGAGGAUGCCCCACGGCACCAACAAAAUGCUACCACAAACCACUUUUUCCACUUUGAUGGUUCACGCUACGUGAGCUGGCUCCCCAGCUUUUCUGUAGAAGUCACACACACCAACCUCCUUGGCGGACAGCCACCACCUCCAGUACAGACCUCACAGCUUGACAACAUGGCUCGCCAGGUACAGCAGAUGUUCCCAGGCAUGCCAUUAAACACCAUUGUUGAAGACCUGCGGAGCACUCGAUCUGUGGAGCUUACAAUUGAAAACAUUCUAGACGAACGCCUUGUUGCACCUCCUACAUCCAUGUAUCAAACUGCUGUACCAAGAAACAGUCGAGGCACAGUUUACCACACUGGCUUUCAGAAUCAUGGACUGGACACUCAUAAAGAAGCACUUGCAGAUGAGAGAUUUCCAAGAAACGCUUCUGCAAGUGCUCUGGAUUCCAGUUCCUCAAUGUUUCUUGAAGAUCCAGAACCAUACUCACAGGCUGAGGAAGCAUCUACAUCAGGGGACAACAGCAUGGGGCCACAAAUGGGUGGCCGCUUCUCCAAAUCACCAAGUGAGAGAGAACGCAUGCUGUCGCGGAGGAAAGAGGAGCUUCUCAAGAUGGCCCGCAAGAAAUUCCUGGAUCGAUCAAAAGCAGGACCUUCACUGAAUAACCUACGGCUGGCAUCAGACCUGUCGAGCAUGCCUCUCAGCCAGGCACACCGACGAUCACGCCAGCCUCACUUGGGAUCCUGAGGGAGGGAGACCUGUCCUUGUGUGGGUUGUGAGCUGCCCUUGUGGACAUCACACCCAUUUUGUACAGUCGGUCAACUUUAGUGAGACUGGUGUUCUCAUGGUCACUGUUGAAUCACGUGGACAUUGUUGCAAACAGCAGAGAGCAUUAGCCUUCUUGAAAGUCUUAGAAAAAUGCUGCAGUGAGCUUCCCCCCUUUUUUUUUCUUCUUUUUACGUGUAAGCGCGUGCAUGUGUGUAUGUGUGUGUGUGAAAAUGUGCAUUCAAUCUUCUGGUGACGCCCUCCUGCAUACCGGCCAUAUGUGCACACCGAAGCAUCUUCCGACUGUGGGUGCUGCAAGUGCGCUUGCCUAAUCCAAUGUCUACAGACUCUCGUGUGUUUCCGGCAUGGUACUUGGCAACCAGGAACAGUUAAAAGAUGGCCAAGCCAGGACAAGUGGACAUGUCCAGUUGUGUGCUGUGCUUUGUGGGGCUUGGUAGCCGCAUUUGUGUUCAUUUUUGUGUGGGAUAUUCUCUUCUUGGCAAACUAGUUUCCAGAAUGGGCACUAGCCUUGCGACUUUCAAGAGCUUUCUUUAUGCACACUGUUGAUUGUGCACGUCUGCACGCACAAAGAGGGCUUAUUCUUUUUUUCUUCAUUUUCUGUGAAAAAAUUACUCAGUAAUCAUGGCACACUAGCCAGCUACUUUCGUGAGGAUACUUGUUUCUGGCUAUGCACCAUGGAUGCCCGCACACGCAACAGGAAGUCUUGCGAGGCAGUGCUUGGAAAGCAUUGUCCACAGUCUCCUGGCUCAUCCCAUGCAAAAAGUUUGUCUAAAUUAAGGCUCAUGUUAGUAACUUGCUGUUUGUAAUACACAGGAUUUCUUUGCUGAAGUUCUUGUAUUAAAGUGCAUUAUUUCAGCGCA